AUGCUUUUGGUUACUGACGACGUAGAAGUACAUCAAAAACAAGCUGCGAUUAAUAAUAAUAAAGCUUACGCGUUUUCUUAUCCCGCAAAUGUCAAUGAUAUAGGCGAUGUGAAAAAAAACAGUAGUAAAAAAACUGUAAAACCUGCCAAGCCUGCAAAACCUGUUAAAUCAUCAAAAAAUGCAAAUUCAAAAAAUACAAAUUCAAAAAAUGCAAAUUCACAAAAUGCAAAUUUAAAAAAUCAAUCUAAGAAAGAAAACCUUCAGGCUAACCUCGCACCUACUACUAUAAACUCAAUUGCUGUUACUGAUACAAACUUAAUUGUCACUACAAAUCGUGUGACUACUACUAAAGGUACUAACAUACAGCAAUUUGUCCCUGAGACAACCCCAAAAGAGGUUAGUGCAAAAGUAGGUAACCAAGAUGCAUAUCCUAACACUAGUGUCAAUCCAAAUGAACCAAAUGGCGAUCUUGGACUUGUUGCUGGCGUAGUAGGAGUAGCUCUGCUUGCCUUUGGAUUGGUCGGAUUGUUUAUUCAUCGUAAAGUGAAUGCAGGUAAAAAAAAGGACAUAGAAAACGAUAUGAUGUCCGAUUCGAAUGAUGCUUUUGGCAAUAAUAAGCCACCUGACACUUCUCAUAUGUCACAAUUAAUGGAGACAAACAACGAUGAUAAUCUAAAAGAAACUAGUUAUGACGUAUAUUCAAACGAAGUAAAUAUACCAAGUAUAGAACCACUUAGCCCACUACAAUUAUCUCCAAACAACAUUGGUUCGCAAAUCCUAAAUGAUGACCCUUGUUUACCCAUUAGUUCUAUGCUAUUUGCAAAUAAUUUUCAACCUCCUGUCGUUUCUUCAAGACAAUCAUUUUAUGGUGAAUCGAUGUAUCCAGCACUUUAUACCAUGACUCCAUCUCUUUCCUCACAAGAUCUAUCGCAACCUAAAAGCUCUUUCGUGGAUUUGUCACGUUCAACAGCUUAUCCUGUUCCAUUUGUUGCUGUUUCUGACACUUCCGAUAUAAACAAUUAUGACAAUAUUAAAGAAACUGUCAGAUAUUCAAUCGAAAGUGCUAAUUUAAAUGAUGUAGAUAAUUACAUAUUGGAACCUGAAUACAUAAGACCGGAUUCAACUCUUUUAACAGACUUGAUGAAUAGUCCUCUUGAUGAAAAAAUUGGUCAUCAAAUCACAAAUAACUCAACAUAUGAUGAGCCAACGAAUGACAAAUCUACUUACUUACCUACGAAUCCAAAUGAUGUUACAAAUGUUACAACCGAAAUAUCAUUGUCAAAUCCUGUCGUUCCAAUUGCAUUAGAUUCUAAUAUUAAAGGUCAACCUUUUAAUGAAAAUAGUAAUAUUCAUCAAGAUUCAAAUAAUGCUUACACAAAUCAGAACAUACAGAUGGACUAUGUCCAACCCAAUCAAGGAACGAUUCAUAUUGAAACGUUAGAUCUCAAUAUUACUGACAGUACUGUGGCACCAGCUAAAGAAUCAUUGGACAUUCAGCCAGAUAUAUCAAAAGUAACAGAGAGUGUUUCUAUCGGUUCCGCGUUAUCAAAUAUAGAAGGUGACUUCAAUGAUACUUCAUCACCAGAAACGCCUGUCGUAAAACCAAACAGAGCCUCUAUACAAAUAAUGAAAACAGAAAUUGUACCUGUUCAGUCUAAUAUGCAAAUUGAGAAAAUCCAAGAUAUAAUUCAAAACAAUUCAGAAAACACGAAUGAUCCUUCAUCUGACACUGAUUCUCCUUCGCAAACACCUGAAACAAACCCUCUAAUGAUGACUCCAGCCACAACCGUUUUUGUCAACCCGAUUCAAUCGAAAAUGAAAAUUGAAAAAGUGAGUGAUGAACCUCAGUCAUCAUCAAAUAAACCUUUCAUAUCAACCCCAUCUGCUUAUAUUGCCGAGCGUGCAUCUGCAUUUACAAUGCAAUCUGCCACUCCGGCACCUGCGUAUAAAAAAAAAUCAUCCAAUAACACUCUUCAAAAUCCUCCACCAUUGCCAUCGUAUAACUUUGGAACACUUAAGAGCAAAAUUGAAAAUGCUAAUACUACUGUUACUAGUGAUGCUGCGGAAAGUAUGACUGAUUUGAAUAAUGAAAUUACAGGGAAAUCUAAACAGGACGCACAAAAGAAUAAGGGUAUUACAGAUAUAGCUCUUGAUAAAGGUGUUUCAUCUACACAGGUUGAUGACGGUCUGAACAAAGUAGAAUCAGACAAUGGGGUAAAUGAGAUGAAACCACUUACUCAAAAGAAACCUGCUCAUAGGGAUUCAGAUCAAGAACCUGUUCCUCGAAAGUCGAUCUUAAAAAAGAAAGCGCCAAAAUCUCAAAAAACGCCACAGGAUCUCAAAAUAGCUAAUGAUAACGAUCUUACACCACCGCGUAACACUGUGGAAAAAUCAGAGACACAAUAUCGAAGUCCAACUUUCAGCAUGUAUAAAAUAUAUGAUGAUUUACCUGGAGGUCGAAACAGUACAAUGCAACCCAAUGUACCUGAAAUGCCAUCAAGUAAACCGGACAACAUUAAUUCAAAUGAAAAUGAUAGUUAA